ACCGAGCAACCAACCAUCACCACCGACGUGCUUAUAAAAGAGCGCGUUCGCAUUGACGGCGAUUAGUACGGUAGAAAGCUAGGUCAUCAGACGUUCUAGUCGUGGCAGUAGCGCAUCCACGUGUUCCUUGUGACCCAUUUUAAUUAGCGAAAACAGAAAAGAUCACCACGUACGUACGUUCGUGUCGACGUACAUCUGUCUGGAAGAGAAAUUAAAAGAAGACAGCAUCAGAAAACAUCGACGGAAGAAGGAAGAAUAGAUUGUUAAGAUCAGAUCAGAUCCUCCAAGAAAAAAAAAUAUAUUUAACACCGAACUAAGAAGAAUCGAGUGAAGACUGAAUGCGAAAUUAAAAUUCCUUUUUUGACGCGGAAAGCAAUUCUAAUCCAGUGAUAUACCUGUGUGAUAUUAUUUAUUAGUGUUAUUACAAAAGAAAGAAAGAAAGAAAAAAAAAAACAGAUUUUUGAAAGAGAAAAUAUUUAAUUAAUUACGGAAAAAAAUCAAUCUAGGCUACAACUCGACCAGACAUACAGACAGAUAGAUACACACACAUCCAUCCAGAAAAGAAAGUCAAGGAAAUUAAAGACUUUCAAGAUGCCAGAAGCACCAGCAAUGAGCGAGGGUGAAUUCAUCGUGGAGAAGAGGGAGAGUUAUUCGCCGGAGCCUCCAGCGAAAUGCUUGGAGACCAGGGACAGUAUCUCGUCCAUAGAUAGCGACGUUUCCUUGUCCUUCGAUAAACCGAUAACGGAGAACAACGAGGACGAAGGAGCUCACAUGGCAGAUAUGAGUGACAGUGCUUCUGAUACCGGUUCAAACGGUGGUGGGAAAGAUUCAGGAUGCGAGGUGACUCCAGAGGUGAGCGAACCACCGCCGUUCACGCCACCCAACGAGGAGCUCUCCGACAAGAUCGUGCAGCAGGUGGAAUUUUAUUUCUCGGACGCGAACAUCACGAAGGAUGCGUUCCUGCUGAAGCACGUGAAGAGGAACAAGGAAGGAUUCGUGAGCCUGAAGUUAAUCUCGAGCUUCAAGAGGGUGAAACACAUCACGAAGGACUGGAGGGUCGUCGCUCACGCCCUCAUGCGUUCCGAUAAGCUGGAGAUCAACGAAGCCGGCACGAAACUGAGACGGUUGGAUCCGUUGCCGCAGUACGACGAGACGACACCUUCGAGGACGGUAGUCGCUGUAGAGAUGCCCAUCGAGAAGCCUACGAUAGAAAACGUUGCGGAGCUCUUCAAGAGCUGCGGCGAGAUCGCGCUCAUCCGCAUCCUGAGACCGGGUAAUCCGAUCCCCGCCGACGUCAGGCAGUUCAUCAACAAGAACCCGUCUCUGGCCGGUCAGGUGUGCGCUCUGGUGGAGUUCGUGAACUCGGAGAGCGCGAGAAACGCUCUGCAGAUGCCCAACUUCAAGAUCUACGAGCUGAACUGCGUGCCUCAUCCCGAGCGCAAGAAGAAGUUGCCCAAGAAGAAACCCGUGGAAAGCGAUCAAUCGGAGGCCGAAGAGAAGCUGAAGGAGACCAAACCGAAAACGCGUCGCGGUUCGUCCAUCCAUUUCCCCAAGAACGGAAUAGAACCCGCCGCUUGGCUUCAAAGGAGACUCUCCGCUUCCAGCACCGAGGCCAGCUUCAUGUUCUUACCUAGACGCUUAUCCUACGGUAGUCGCGAUUCCAGCGAGUCGAGCCUCUACAUGUCCAGAAGGGUGAGCGCCUGCAGCAUGAGCUCAGAGAACAGCAGCAGCAACAGCUUCAUCCAGCGUCGCAUGUCCGCGUGCAGCAUCAGCUCAGAGAGCAGCGGUCCCGUAAGAUCUCGCAGCAACAGCACCGCUUUCCAGAACGAGAACGUUCUCAGGAUGCCCAAAGGACCGGACGGUUCUCGCGGUUUCAGGCAUAGGAUCUCCCUCUCCACCAUCCCCGCAUAGUCAAAAUCAACGGUAAGAGAAGACGACGAAAAUUGAUUUCCAAAAGAAACACACACAAAAAAAAAACAGUUUUCACAACGGACUUUCCAAACGAAAACUAAAUACAAGAAAGUAAAUAGUAGUACUACUUAAUUUCUUAAAGAGAAAUCAUUUAUUCGGAAAAUUAUUAAAUUAUUGGAAUCAAUCGGACUUAUAUAUCAUACUUUUGUUGAACUUUUGCUACUUAUUCUCUUUUGACGAAACUAGCAUACGUUCUCUCAGUGCACACACACGCUGCCUGCACCCGGAUUUAUUUUUUUUUUUGUUCGUAACAUUAAUUUAUUUAUAUAUUUUUUAUUGUUGUUCUUUUGUUUUAUUUAUGUUUACUUUAAGUAUAAUCGACUGCGGUUACCAUGACGAUCGAUUCCUAUAUAUUUCACGAUUCGAUUAAAACUGGACAAAGUAACGAAAAGUUCUGCUUCUCAUCAAAAACAGUUAAUUUUCUCUGUGGUUCAAAUUUUCAUC